AUGGAGUCAGCAGGUACACAUCCGCGCUUCUCGCCGUUCGAGACACUGCCUCUUCAUCUGUUCCAGUAUCUCUGUGAAUGUGUUCCUCGGCGAAGUUUAUCAUGCUUGUCAUCAGCGAGCCGUCUUUGCUACCAGGCAACCACGCCACGGCGAUUCCGCCGAGUGAAACUCACAAUACGCAACAAGGAGAAGCUCCGCCGUGACCUGGAUAACCUGCUCGCCGUACUCAGUUCCCGAGAUCUAUUUCGCCAUGUCCACCAAGUGGUAGCCAUCGGGUGUAUGGACCACGAUGGCGGGUCCGAGGACUGCUCUCAGACGACCGACCCUGCCACAGCGGAUCAGGACAGCGAUGAUGACAGCGACAGCGACAGCGAUAACGACGACUUGUUCGGGGCAACAAUUGGCUCAGGGCCCCCGUUGUCAACACAGCAAAAGAAGGCACAGAAUGAGGCCUGGCUCCCAUUUGCACUGUUCCUCGGCCAAUUGCCCGCCCUGACAGACCUGGUGUAUGCUUGCACCCAUCAAUUACCGCCCUGCGUCCUCGCGGCAUUGCAUAAAUACCACCCGACGAGCCGUCUGCAUGUUGACGCCUUCAGUCUCCGUAGCCUCUGCCAAGAGAGGCACCAACUGCACGACAUUGACCCGGAUGACUUUGCGCUUGCGACCUCACCUUGCCUCUAUAACCUGCGUGCAAGAUGCCUUCCUUAUGACGACUGGGGUCGUUUCAAUUUCAACUUGGAGGCCCUGGAGCACAUUGUGGCGUCGGGAUGCGCCCCUGAACUGAGGAAACUUAGUAUCGAUCACUGUAGUCCUUCAGGAAGCCUCGCACUUGUGGAAGCCCUUCGGGACCCGAGACGCCCUUGGAAGGGGUUCUUCUUUUCAAGUCAAAGCCAGGUCGUUGUCAGUCCGCAGCAGCAGGCGUUGACUCAGGGCCGAGGCCGCCUUAAGACCCUAGUAUUAUCCGGCAGUCACGGCGGCCUCUCUCACUUGCAAGGCUGGGAAACACGUACGGAAUUUGGUCUUCUCCGGAAAUUUGAAUACCACUGCAAGGUUUCCGUCGAGUCCUUUCAAUUUCUCGCUUCGCUGGCCGCAAGUGGCAGUUUCCGCUCGCUGCGGAUACUGAGGCUGGGAAUCUUUGACACCGCCCCUGGAAGUGAUAGUGGCCAGCUCGACCAGUCGGCCGCUUCAUUUCUGCAAGCCCUGCCCCCACUGGAGACGCUUACGCUCGAGAAUUACUUUGGAACUCACGCCGUCGAAGCCGCGCUAAGCCGUCACGGCCCUACACUAUGCAAGCUGCGCCUGCUUCCAGAGGACGGUGGCGAAGCGCACAACGACGUUGACACUGACGCCGCUCGGGUCCGGGAAAUCCAGCAGCGAUGCCCCAUGCUCAAGGAUAUUGAGCUGCGAGUGCGGCGGCGCCAGGGCGGGCCCGAGGAAGUGGCGGUCUAUCAGACCCUGGGGCGGAUCCCCCGGCUACGGCGCGCCACGCUGAGGCUCGACUGUCGCUCGCCGUAUCGUGACCAGACCCACGACCGCAACAUGCACCGCGGGACGCUUAUGUUUUAUGACGAGCCCAGCGGCGACGCCGAGCGGGUGCGCAAUACGCUGGUAAACCUCGCCCUUGAUGAAACCCUCGCCACCGAGAUCUUCCGCAAGAUUGUCUCUGCCGCCCCCGACAGUCCCCUGGAGCGUCUGACGCUUGAGCCGCAGACCGAGGACACCAUUGCCGCGCAGUUCCCAGAAAUCGAUAGUUUCGGGAGAUGGAUUGGGAGGAGUUGGGCCCUCAAGAUAUGCGGGAAGAGCGGUGCGGUCAGGGCCCGCGAGAUCGAUGUGGACCGCUACGAUAGAGAGUACCUACGCAACAAUCUCGAGCAAGUCGAGUACCAGGGCGAGGACGUGUGGGGCACGCUCUGGCCAAACGAAGGAGGAGAUUGGCGGGAUGACUGGCAUAGCUUUCCUCUCUGGUGCAAGGAAAAUGGGAAUGGGGGGGUGGGUGAGAAAAGCCGUGACGGUCCGGAACUCCACGGCUCAACAGUUACCCCUUCAUAG